UGUUGAGUACAGAAUAAAAUGGCGGAUGAGAACACUCCUGGCCCCAGAGCAGGAAGAGACCCAGAUGUUAUCCAUGUAGCAGGCCUUGGGACAUGCUCUGAAAGAACGGUGGAGAAGGCCCUAGAUGAGGAGAUGCCCAGCUCAGAUACACAGUGCCAGAAAUUCAGGAAAUUCUCCUACGAGGAGGCUGAUGGCCCUCGAGAGGUUUGCAGUCAGCUCCACCACCUUUGCCGUCAGUGGCUCAAGCCAGAGCAACACACAAAGGCUCAGAUGCUGGACCUGGUCAUCUUGGAGCAGUUCCUGGCCAUCCUCCCCUUGGAGAUGUCGAGCUGGGUGAGAGAAUGUGGAGCUGAGACCACUUCCCAGGCAGUGUCGCUGGCAGAAGGUUUCCUGGGUCUGAGUCAGGCAGAAGAGAUAAAGCAGGAAGAGCUAGAGAUGGAAAAUUUCUCUGUAGAAGAUCAGUCUGAUUUCCGCAGAGCAGAGGAACCUCAGUUCGACAUCAAACAGGAUCUUCAAGAACAAGAAAUCUAUCAAGGGAUUGAAGGAGGUGUCAGCUUUAUAGGGGACGGCACGAAGCCAACAACAAGUAGUCCUUCAUCUCUUAGUUGCCAUGGAGGAGAAGCCACUCAGCGGUCACGAAAUGAGAAGCCUGAUAGUUUCGAUGAUUACCGAAUAAAGAAAGCAAUUAACUUUAGAGAGAGAAGCUAAUGAAGAGAGUCAACACAGAUGUCCGUCAGAAGCAGCUGCAUCUUGCUAGGAGAGUGUGCUCUCACUACAACAACAAUACAGCUUAGCAACCAUGGGGAGGGGAUCCCACAACAUAUAGUUUCUUUGAACCACCCAGAAUAGUGCAUGACAGUCAUGGAGCAAUCUAUAAUUUAAGAAAGAAACCAAUAAAUAAAAAAUAAAUCCCUGUGCAUACAACCACUUUAGACCUGUAUCUGUCUGGCCCGUUCUUUUUAACAAAAGCCCGCAUUUGAUCAAUGCUCAUAUAGCAGGCUGGUAAAGUAUGUCUUCCAUUUUCAGUCUUAGAAGUGCUUACCCAUCCUUUUCCAGGCCUACUUCAAAGUCCUGUUUCUUAGCUAUAAAACCCCA